AUGCUAGCGGCUACCCCGCCCUGUCCCCACAAGGCUAGUACCCCUUGGACAAAAAAGUCAAGAGCAUGCCCCUCCGCGUCUCUGCGAUGCCUCCCCCGGGCCGCGCGGCGGCGCUGUGGCUCCGCCGAUGCCCGGCUCGUUGUCGCGCGCAAGGGCGCGCAGGCCUCUGGGGACCCUCCGGGCGGCGGCGGUGGCGACGCGCGGGGCGGCCGCGGCUCUCCCACUGUCACCCUGGCCCUGCUCUGCUUGGACGGCGUCUUCCUCUCCGCGGCCGAGAAUGACUUUGUGCAGCGCAUCCAGGAGGAGCUGGACCGCUUCCUGCUGCAGAAGCAGCUGUCAAAGGUACUUCUUUUUCCCCCGCUCUCCAGUCGCCUCCGGUACCUGAUCCAUAGGACGGCAGAGAAUUUUGAUCUUUUGAGCAGCUUCUCUGUUGGGGAGGGCUGGAGGAGGAGAACGGUCAUCUGUCACCUGGACAUCAGGUCACCCAGUUCAGAUGGACUCUCUGGCCCCUGCCGCCCUCCUGCCUCCCACCCUGGCAAGUACCGAGGUCCUCGGCCCACCUCAAACAAGGGAGCGGCUGCUGGUCCCCAAGGGUCGCGGGCCGGCCGGUGGCAUCGUGGACGAAAGCCAGACCAGGCUUUGUAUGUACCCCGGAUACUGCGGAGGCAAGAAGAGUGGGCACCACCCCCGACCCCAGGGUUCAAGGCAGAUGCUGCAGCUGGCGGGCUUCCGGAGGAGCCUGGAGAUGUUGGUGUUGGGGACCCCAACUCUGAUCAGGAACUCCCUGUGUUGAUGACUCAGGCAACAGAGGACCUAAAGGGCCCAGGCCAACGUUGUGAGAAUGAGCAGCUGCUGGACCCAGCUGGCACUGAGCCCCCAGGGCCUGAGAGCCACUCAGGGACAGGAGACAGGUUGGAGACGGCCACACAGCUCAGGUCCAGUCUGCAGCUGGACUUGGAAGAGGGGAAUGGGAGUGAGCUGGAGAAGAGCCUGGCGGCAGAGGAGGAGGAGGAGGAGGAAGAGGAAGAGGAGGGGCCUGGCAGCUGCUCUGAGGACGAUUGUAGUGAUCUCCUGCAGGAGAUAAUGGACAACCUGACCGAGAAGGAGAUUCAGGUAGAGAAGAUCCACGUGGACACGUCCUCCUUUGUAGGGGAGCUGCCUGGAGAGAAGGACUUUGCCCACGUGGUGGAGAUCUACGACUUUGAGCCAGCACUCAAGACUGAGGACCUGCUGGCAGCAUUUUCCGAGUUCCAAGAGAAGGGGUUCAGGAUUCAGUGGGUGGAUGACACGCAUGCGCUCGGCGUCUUUCCCUGCCUGGCCUCAGCUGCUGAAGCCCUGACCAAGGAUUUCUCAGCGCUCAAGAUCCGGCCCCUCACACAGGGAAGCAAGCAGUCAAAGCUGAAAGCCUUGCAGAGGCCAAAGCUCCUGCAUCUGGCAAAGGAGAGACCACAGACAAACACAGCCGUGGCCCGGAGGCUGGUGGCCCGGGCCCUGGGGCUCCAACACAGAAAGAGAGAGAGGCCUGCAGUCGAGUCUUCUACCUCCUUGAGGCCCUGAGAGGCCCGCGAGCCUGAUCGGCACCCUCAGGACUAAGCCGGUGCCCCAACACCACAAGCCUUUACAGACACCAGAACAGCCCUGUGCUGUUGUUGGAGCGUCACUGUGGGGCAUGGUGGGCUUUAGUUUGGUCUAGUUCUAGAAGUCAAGAAAAAAUAAAAACUUAAAAGUUGUU